AUGGAGAGCCUAUCUGAAACAACAUGGGACAUUCUUAUAUGCGGAACAGGCUUACAGAAUUCUCUACUAGCUCUAGCGUUAUCUCGAUCCAAGAAAAAGAUACUUCAUGUAGAUUCUAAAAAAUACUAUGGAAACAACGAAGCAGCCUUUUCACUGCAGGAACUCGAUGAUUGGGUUACAGAAGCGCAAAAAUGUUCGAGUAAAAGUAUUUUUAAAAAUGUGAAGAUAUCAAAAAAAGUCAUCUCGGAAUCUUUAAAGCUCCAAUCUUCCAGAUCUUAUUCUCUGUCACUUUCACCGCAAAUAAUAUAUACGAAGUCGUCUUUGCUCGAGUAUUUAAUAUCAUCCAAGGCCUACCGUCAUAUAGAGUUCCAAGCUGUGGGGAAUUGGUGGAUAUGUGACCAAGAGAACUGCUCAAAAAUGAGGAAGAUACCUACGGGACGCGAAGAUAUAUUCCGCGACAAGUCUAUCGAUAAUCGUGGGAAACGAAACUUAAUGAGAUUUCUCAAGUCCAUGCUCAACGAUGAAGAGCUUUCACAACAUUGUCAGGAAUUCGGACAGCAGACAUUGGAUGAGUAUCUCGAUAACAGAUUUGAAUUACCUCUAUAUUUACGUCAGGUAAUCGCGGCAAUUACUUUAACACUAAAUCCGAUUCAUAAAACCUCAGUAGAAUGGGCUAUACCAAGAAUUUCACGAUACUUGAAGUCUUUUGGGGCAUUCGGUCCAGGUUUCAACGCAGUUGUUCCUAAAUGGGGUGGCUGCGCAGAAAUUGCUCAAGUAGCUUGUCGAGCCUGUGCGGUUGGUGGAGGAGUCUACAUGUUGGAUACGACUAUUCAAUCAAUCAAUCCUCCCGAGGAAGACAGAGAUGGUCUAAAGGAGAUUUUGCUCAGCAACGGAUCUGCUAUAAGCGUCAAGAAUGUUGUCACAAACACAGACCAAUUUUCUGAAGCCAAAAUGACAGUAUCAAAAAUUGUUGCUGUCGUUCCAUCUUCUUUAGAUUCUCUAUUCAAUACAUCUAUUGACAUUGCACCUGUACCAGCUGUUUGUCUUGUUGUCUUUCCGCCUGAAAGUAUCGAAACUCAAGGUAUAACUAAUAGCUUGCCGAUAUACAUAACCAUACACUCCAGUGGAACAGGAGAAUGUCCUACAGAUCAAUGUGUACUAUACGGAACUACCAUUGCAUCAGAAAAUAGCAAGGCUCUCCUCGAAUCAUCUGUCUCUAAUAUUUUGAAAACUGUACAGGGUAAUAGACUGGAGAGUCUCCUCAGCUUAUCUUAUGAUCAGGAAUCGAGGAUAACUUCCCAUACCAAAAACCCUGAAUGUGUAGUGACCGAACCUUUUGUUGAUCCCGCAUUUGACGACAAUAUACUUAGAUCGGUCGAGAGAGAGUGGAAAUUUUUGACACAAGAAGACGAAAUUCCCGGAACAUUUAUGAACUUUGAAGAACUUCCGAAUUGA